AUGUGCGAAAAUUUAAAGGGCAACCCGUUCGCCGGAUUGUUUUCCACGGAUAAUGAUGCUGUCUCAUUCUUGCAGCAUCAUGCUAAAAGCGUCGAAGCCAACGAUGCAAAUUAUGCGAAACAAUCGUCGGACGCGAUUGAAGAUAAUGGACUUUCCGAGAAAGUGGCGGAGCCCGCAAAUUCCGACCAGGUUGACGAUCAGCUCAUGGCACGUGUAUUCGGUAUAACGUUACGUGAAGAUAGCGACGCACAAGGAUCUCUGGUGUUUAUUGACUCCGACUCUAUAGAACAUGCUGUUUUCGAGCGCCUGAUGCUACCAGAUCCCAAACCUGCCAAAGCACGAGAUAUCGAUAACCAUGUCGUUGAAACGCAGGUUAUAACCUACCUCUACGAAUGCUACUGUCGUUUAAAACAUUACCAAAUAGAUGGCUGCGAGGAUAAUGUGAGAAACGCUUGUCAAAUUGUACUGCAAAAUGUCAAUACGGUCUUACAGGAACCAGCCCUGUUUCAGUCUCAGGAGGUUUACAGUCAAUUUGUUGCUUUAUUUGUGGAUGACAUUACAUCAAAGACAGAAUUAUUAUCAUUUGUCAGUGGUAUAGUGGAGGAAUUAAUAUCAGCAAACAGUAAAAGCGACAUAGAUGAUUUAAUUAAAAAAUCUUUUUCUCCUGUUCUUAAUAUUGUUCGUAAGGAGGCAGCUCAAAGCAAUCUUUUUACCUUCCGCCAUCAGUGGUUUGCUUUGCUCAACACAUUUUCCACCAUUGAACCAUUAGCGAAAUUGAUAAUUUGUCACAGUACACCAAGAAAGAAAGAAAAUGUGCAGGGUUGCGUAUAUUCAGACACAUUAUUAGGUGUGCUCUUUAGCAUAAGCUGUCUACCAAAAAAAGCUAAAGAUUCGUAUGAUCUUUUUGAAAAGCCUCUGCAGGAACCAAGCACAAUCAUGGAAGCUACCAUAUGGAGAGCCAUGGACAAUCUGAGUGAAGCCUUGUACAAAGUUUUCCAUUCCUUGCUUAAAUGCUCGACGGAAGUUCGUCACUUGACUUUACAGUGGUUGGGUAACUGUCUUUACGCAAACGCAAGUAGAGGAAAACUCUGGAACUCUCAAAUGGAGAUGGGAUUACUGACUGGAGGACAUAUGUGCGUGUCGGAUGGUUUUAUGCUGAAUGUGGGCAAUGUAUUGUUACGUCUUUGUCAACCAUUUUGUACUAAGUUAAAUGAUAAAGUACCAAAGAUAGAUCCUACAUAUUGUAGCGCAGAGGCAAAGGACGAAACUGAGAGUUUACAGCGUGGUAUACAUAUGAAAGGAUUGAGUUCAGAGACUUGUUUAAUACCAACUCCAGAAGACGAAAAUCGACCGAUGUCAGAUACAUUUGGAUUCAUAACAGAAUGUUUUUUCCUUACACAUCGCGCAUUAGAUCUUGGCUAUAGAGUUAUCCUGGACAAAUUUUCAAAAACAAAUCAAGAUUUGGCUAGGAUACAGAGAUCUUAUAAUGCAAUUCGAACUGAAACCGGACCUACACAACAGAAUUUGGAAGAGUUCCUAACAAAACAAAUGGAGAGCGAGAUGAAAAAAUAUCUUUCUCUUAAAGCGAGUUUAUUAGUCCCAGAAAUGUUAGAACACUUGACGAAAUUUCACGCAAUGACAGCGUCCUGGUUAAUUCAAGUCAAUUUAUAUGUUGUAACUGAAGAAGAGGGCAAACAAAAUUUUACACCAAAACAGUAUAUACCUGUUACAUUCCCAUUACCAGAAACUGUUCCAAUUACAUUAAGAUGCAUUCCUGAGUUUGUAGUAGAGAAUACCAUUGGAUUCUUAUGUUUUUUACGUCGUGUGAGUCCCAACACGUUCGAGGAACAGGGUCCGAGUUUUUUGAAUCCGAUCUUGACGGAGGUCAUAGUUCUAAUGGAAUCUCAGCAUCGUUUGUACAACCCGCAUCUGCGCGCGAGUUUAGCUGAAAGUCUGGAGGCACUUUUGCCAAUUGUGGACGACAAUGUUGCUCCAGCAACACCAAACUUGGGAACAUUCCAUAGGGAACAGUUGUUCCUUACUCAUCCACACAGACAACAGAUAAUUGUCAACUUACUGCAUGUAUUUGUAAGUAUUGAGAUGACUGGGCAAAGUGUACAGUUUGAACAAAAGUUCAACUACCGUCGUCCAAUGUAUGUUGUUAUGGAUUAUUUAUGGAAACAUGCUGAGCAUCGUAAUAACUUUACUGUUUUAGCUCAAGAAGCAGAGAAUAACAUGGAAGCAGUUCAACCACCCUUGUUUCUACGUUUUAUUAAUCUAUUAAUGAACGAUGCUGUGUUUCUCUUGGAUGAAGCUUUAUCAAAUAUGGCAAAUUUGAAACAAAUGGUUCAAGCUAGAGAAAACGGAGAAUGGAUUAACUUGUCACAAAAUGAACGCGAGCAGCAACUAGCGUACCUUCAACACAUUGGUAUGAUUGCUCGCUUUGAUAAUAUUUUGGGUAGUAAAACUAUACAGACGAUAAAAAUGCUGACUACUGAAAUAAAGUCGAUCUUUUGCCAUCCAACCAUGGUGGACCGCAUCGCUUCUAUGCUCAAUUAUUUGUUAUUGCAAUUAGUAGGACCAAAUCAAAAAAAUUUUAAGGUAAAUGAUCAAAAGGAAUAUGCAUUCAAUCCUGCAAAUUUGGUAUUAAGUAUAUGCGAGAUCUACAUUAAUUUGAGUAAAAGUGAAAGUUUUACACUCGCUGUGUCUCAAGACGGACGCUCGUAUAGUCCGGAAUUAUUUAAACUUGCAGAUAAUGUACUUGUUCGUAUCGGUGGUGUUGGAAUCUUGGGAGAUCUGGAUCAAUUUGCAAAAAGUGUAGAAAAAGCAGCAAAUCAAAAGCGACAGGAAGAUGAGAUUUUGACAGAUGCCCCUGACGAAUUCUUAGAUCCAAUUAUGUCAACUGUCAUGAUGGAUCCCGUUAUUUUGCCAUCAUCGAAAAUAACUAUCGAUCGUCAAACUAUAGCAAGACAUUUGCUAAGUGAUCAAACUGAUCCUUUCAAUCGAUCUCCACUUACAAUGGACAUGGUGAAAUCGAAUGUCGAACUUCAACAAGAGAUACAAGAGUGGAUUUCACAGAAAAAACAAGAGAAAGCGUUAAGAACUGACACAUAAUUUAACAUCAAUUAUACCACAAUGAAUAAUGUUGAAAAAUGAAAUUUAUAUACGCGUUCUUUAAAACAAAUUGUAAAUCGCAUAUCGACACGUAUUGACAACUUUACGAUUGGUAAAAAAAAAUUUGGAUUUGGAAAACGCCAUUUCGAAUACGUGAAACGAAAAAUACAUAUUUCAUCGUAUUUUAUCAGGAUUUCCCCUGAUGUUCGAUUUGCCCACAAUGGUAGACACAAAAAGCAAUUUUAUAAAUAUGUACUUUAUAAUAAUAUAAUUAUGUACAGGGUUAUAACAAAUAUAGAGUUAUGACAGUUUCACUAAUAUUGAUUGAUGAAAUGUUAUACACAGAUAGAUGGCGCACGAUUUUAGGAAUCGGUGCAUCAAAAAGAUAACUGUAUAUUUCAUGCACUGUAUAGAAUAAAAUAUGUUAUUUAUGAA